GUAAAAGAGACGGCAACAGAGCCAUGUCGACUACGGGUCCCAUAAGUACUUAUUAUGUGGAUUCCUUGAUCAACCAUGAGAGCGAGGAUGUUCUGGCGUCUCGAUUUCCGACGACUGCUUCUAUGUCCUCCGGUUCACGCCCGACGCCUCUCGUUCCGGAGUGCGUGGAUUAUCCGUCGUGCAGUUUUGCCCCGAAACCACCGGUUUUUACUACCUCUUGGGCCCCUGGUCAUUCACAGUCAUCAGUGGUUUACCAUCCGUACACACAUCAACCUCACUUAGGGACAGACUCGAGGUAUGUCCGCUCGUGGCUAGAGCCUAUUCCUGGUACUGUGUCCUUUCCGGGCUAUGCAGCUAACAGCAGGCACUAUGGGUUAAAACCUGACGCCUUUCAGGAUCCCCGAACUACAGACUGUUUAGUUUCAAACGGACGCACCUAUUCGGAUUAUGUCUACUGUUCAGCGGUCGACAUCAGGGACAAGCAGCAGAAUCCAUCUUCCCCGGAGUCUGAGAUCGUGUCUUCCGGAAAGCACAAAGACGAGAAGGCUGAGUUGGACCCAAAUAAUCCUGUGGCCAACUGGAUCCAUGCGCGCUCAACAAGAAAGAAGCGAUGCCCUUAUACAAAAUAUCAAACACUUGAACUCGAAAAGGAAUUUUUAUUCAAUAUGUAUCUUACAAGAGACCGACGAUACGAAGUGGCCAGAGUGCUGAACCUGACGGAACGACAGGUCAAAAUCUGGUUUCAGAACCGACGGAUGAAGAUGAAGAAAAUGAACAAGGAAAAAAUCGACGGCAAAGAAUAAAGCUUUUAAAACUUUUACUGAAAACAGACUGAAGGAACGUUAAUUUUUUAGUCUUAAUAAUUAUCGCCUUCCUUGCAACAGAAACAAUGAUAGUGGGCUUAUUAUGGUGUAAUUAUGAUUUCUUAUUACUGCAGUUUUACCAAUUUUUGUUUAUACUAACUCUAUAAGUACUUGCACAUUUCAGCCUUUUUGGAUUUAGAUUACGUUUCUUUAUUUUAUAUUCUUUAAGAGCUGUCCCCGAUGUAGAAGCAAGACAAUACUUGAACUCCUCAACUUCUAAACUUCGUAAUUUAUAAUUUUUACGUGAAUGUUCAUCCAGUGCGUGUUUUGAUUUUUUGUAAAAGGUGUAGAAAUUUGAUAUUUUGUAACAAGUAAUAUAGUUUAAAGCAUUUACGUCAAUGUGAUCUUGCUGUUUUUACUGUAACUGUGCAUUUCCAUUCAUUUUUCAUAAAACUGUACAAAAGUUCAGUAUGUAUUGUAGAUGCUUAAAUAUACUAUACUGUCAUCUUGUUAAAGUAAUUGAGUACAUUUUCUGAGCACAAUUUUGAAACAUUUAAAACGGGGUUUUUAGUGAAGCUUGAAAAGAGAUUUUGGCCUACACGUAUAUUAUGUCCUCAUCUGGAAAAAAUCGAGUCUAGGCUCACUGGGAAAAUUAUGCACGAUGACAAAACUACACUGUAAAGCGUUAGUCAACGUUCAUGUCAAAAGUUGCUCUUAAACAUGAGCUUACAAAUAAACCAAACACACUAAAAUGCUACAUGCCACUGCCAUGUACAAGCCAUAUAUGUUAUAGGCUAUGUCAUUACAGACUCGGUGCCACUAUGUUUCGUUAUAAUUUGCCCAGGGCCUUGUUUGGCAGCUUUUUUGGGGGUAGGAAGUUAUGUUUAAAUGGACCACAACUCCUGUGGUAUUUAAGUUUCAGACUUUAGAAUUUAAACCUCAUGAGACGACGACGACAACAACAACAGCAGCAGCAACAACGACAACAACAAUAACAACAACACAACAACAACAAAAACAACAACAAUAAUAAUAAUAAAUACUUGUU